AUGGAGGCGAUAUCACGGGUCCUUUGUCAAUGCACUCUGCAUGUGGCACCCAGAUACUUCUGGACCAGCGGCCAAACCGAAGAUGAUAGAAGGGGGUCGGGGAUCAGGGCUUAUUUGAUGUCAUUCAGUCUCUUCUGCUCGAGCCUUCUUGAGGACAGCUAUAGGACGAGGGCAGCCAUGGCAAGGACUCCAGCGUCGCGCAAGAUUGGUCGCGUUCUGGCGCUGCUGGCAUUGUUUUGGGCCUGUCAGCCAACCGUGCACACUGCCGUUGGAGCCCGGGCCGUCCCCUUUGCAAGGCCUCCUGCGGGCGCGUGGGCGCGUAAGCCCCUCAUUGCACGCAGGGCCACGAGCGAGGCUGACGACAAGGAAGAUGAUGAGGUGAGCAAGCUUGCCAAAGAACACGAUGAGGUUCAGAGCUACGACGCAGAUGAGGUGCUUGGAUGGGUCCGACAAGUCUCUGCCCCCAAGGACAUCGUCGAGUUUGAAAAGCAAGAGUACUCCGGGGAAACCCUGCUGGAGAAGAGCGCAGCAGAAUUGGACAGAAUGGUCAAAUUGCCAGACGGGCCAAGACAGAAACUGGUGAAGCACAUCAAGAAGCUGAAAGCGGCCGCCGCCGUCAGAGAUUUCAAGAAGAAGCUUGAAGAUGAAGGCGCUGAUGAGGAUCGAAUCACGAUGGUCGGUGACAUGCUGAAGACGCUGGUCGAGCUCAAGGCCAACGACCUCUUGAAAGCAGCCAUCGAGGUAAUCAAGGAGCAGCUAAAAAAUCGACUGGACGAUCAGGAUCGAAUCACGAUGGUCGGUGACAUGCUGAAGACGCUGGUCGAGCUCAAGGCCAACGACCUCUUGAAAGCAGCCAUCGAGGUAAUCAAGGAGCAGCUAAAAAAUCGACUGGACGAUCAGGAUCGAAUCACGAUGGUCGGUGACAUGCUGUCGGCGCUGGUGAAGCUGGAUGCAAAGACUGUGAUGAGUUCAGCUCUUCAGGAUCCAGAUGUCCAAUCGGUGUUGGAGCAGGCCUGUAACGCAAGCAGAGACGAUGUGGACAGCUACGGACCACUUCAAGUAGCUGCAUGGAUUGCAGCAAACCUGGUUUCUGCCAAGUACGACGCUUCUGCGAUCCAACAGGCACUUGCGAAGCUGACUGGGAUGUUGUCUCGACAGCUGCUCGAAGUCCACCAAGAUCAGCUCGAGAGCCGGUACAAUCUAGAGGCUGCGAAAGCGGCGUUCCUGUUCAAUGCGGUUCAAGCCUUAAGCGAUCCUUUGGUGUUGACCUUUCGGGACCUCGUGAACGACAGCAGCUAUCCAGAGUUCCAAUACAAGCAUGUUUGGGUGUACAGGCUCCUAACUGACAUACCAGAAUGUGGGUACAUUGAAGAUGCGCAGCUCUUGACAAGCACAGUCGGCGGCGAAGUGGUGGAUGUGGCAAUCGGAAGCAGGACGGGCAAGCGCUGUAUUUCCGUCUUCUAUGGUGAAAGUGGCAGUGGGAAGAGCCUUCAGUCUCAGCUUGCGCCAGCCCUGAAGUUAGGCAAUAAUUCCUGCAUAGUUCGUGUCUUCAGCAAGACUAUUGACGAUGACGACCCAAUCCUCACGAGCAUCAGGCAGGAACACGCGCAAGGUAACGUCGAGAAUCGCGAUGCCUUGUGCAUGAAUUGGACUCUCACCAUGCUCUUUGCACAGAUCAAGAGUGCUUUUUGGCAACAUGCUGAUGUGGUUGAGGCAUGGUUGGACAAUCCAAGCCAGAACAAACAAGACCUUGGCACCAUCGUGUUUGUCAUCGAUGAGGUUAGCAAGUGCAUAGAACUAGCUCGCGGGAUCUCUAGAAAGCAAGAUGACAUCUACACCACGCUAGAACAGAAGUAUUGCCUCUCUGCUCAGCUUGUCAUGGCAGGAACGGCUGCGGCAUACAUUCUGGGCACUCCAGGUACAAGUGUGCUCAGUACCGAUCCAGAAAGGGUUUGCAUGACGCACGUUGGCCUCGUCCAAGGCUCGAACUAUCUCCGCAGCCUGCUGACACAGUUAGACAAGCAGACGGGCGUGCACUUGAAGGACUUGCAAGUCGCGUCCGUGCGCCCAUACCUCAGCAAUGCCCGAACGGCAUGGUUCCUGAUUGAAACACUGCGGCGUUUUUUUGAUUGGGCACCAGAGGAUGUCAGCCGCAAGAUGGCAAGCUCAAUUUGGAAGCGCUACCCAGCAGCCACGGGCUGCUAUGUGCCCUUGAUGUACAGAACAACGAACGGCUUGCAGCGAUUGAAGACUGCUGAACAGCGUGAAGGCAUUGCCAACCGGGCGCUCAAACUUUUGAUGCACGCCGACCUUCUGACACCAGACACGAUGCCGACGCUUCGGGAAGCUGUAGAGUGUGUAAGCCUUGGGCUGUGCAAUGUUUCAAAUUAUAGCGAAGCCCAAAGUCUCCUUGCUCAAGAUGGGCAAAGCAAGACGUAUCGGAAGGACCUCAUUUUCCAGUCUUCACCCGCUUUGGCACACAUGCUGUUGGCAGCUUUCGAUGUGCCGGAGGUAGUCCCGCAGGACGGGGAUUCGCUGGAGGCAGUCAUAAUGGAAGCGGAAAGACGCUUCUCAGAGGUGCUGACGGGCCGGAAGGCCAUCGCUUUGACUCUACCGCAUGCGCUGCCUCCGCAGCUUGACCAGCCGAACAUGACAGGCCUGCCGCUAGCACAGUUUACGGAGAUUCUGGGAGCAUUGAAUGCCAACCAGACAGUGGUGCUGCGCAAUGGGCCCAGUGCUCAAGGUGCUGACAUUAUCGUUCUUCGGCGGAAGCAUGAAAGCAAUAUGCCCUUUGUUCGCCUGAUACAGGCGAAGAACAAAAACAAGAAAGCAGAUAUGCUUUCAGCUAUCUCAACACUGGGAGUCGCAUGCCACAACAAAACAGCCGCACGUCGCGCCUUGCAUCGAGCUGCAGAAGUUCUUGGAUGGCUGUGCCGACUUGUGUCAGAGCAAGCUGGCCGUAAUGCGUCGGAGCUUGGGGAGUUCAAGGGGCCCAGGACUAAAGUUAGCGUGUCCGUCGAGCUGGUGCUUUGGGAGAGUAUCCGCCGCAACGAGGCUCCUCCUACUUUGCGUCGACCACGGUUUUUGCAACAGACUCCUACGUUCCGGCUGAGGAGCUUGCAACAUUUGGCUCCGUUUCCUACACAUAUAGCGCGCCCCGAUAGCAACUAUGUUGCGCAGAAGCAGUGGCCAAAGAAGAAGAGGUCGGGAAAGUCGCCGGCAAAGAAAUCAUCAGCAAGCAAACGAUAG